UGUGUCGGCUGUGAUGGAGUCUUAAGGGCAAAUCUUAACUUUAACAAUACAUAAAUUUUUUUUAGAUUUUUUUAUUAAACAAAUAGUUUAACUCUAAGGACAAAAAUAUAAAUUUAUAUCAAUUCACUAAUCACAAAUAGUUAAUUUGAGUUUCUAUGUUAUAUUGUGGUCAUCUUCUAUCUACUUGUAUAAGUUAAAAACACGAGGGUUGUAAUUUGCCCAAAAUUAAAAUAAGAAAAAUUAUUACAAGACAAAAGUGUACAGGAGAAUAGGGUCCGUGAUCCUUCUCGACUCGACGCGAAACGAACUCCAAAGUCCAAACAGCCAGCAAGCUUUGAUUAGUUUGUUUUCUUCUCCUAAAACAGGAAAAAAAAAAAAAAACAUUUUUAAGCGAACUUUGAUUAAAACCCAAAACCCUACCCACUCUACUACUCAGUUGAAGAUCCCUCACUACUCAGUUGAAGAUCUGAGAUGGAUCCAGAAACAGCCCUAGACUUUGUAAAGCACAGUGCUACUCUUCUUCUUCUUGACGUCCCUCAGUUCACCCAUGUCGGCAUUGAUACUCAGAUGUUCUCUGUGGGACCUUCUUUUAUGGGUAUCAAGAUGAUUCCUCCUGGUCAUCAUUUUGUCUACUACAGUUCAUCAAAUAGGGAUGGGAAUGAGUUCUCACCAAUUACCGGCUUCUUUAUUGAUUCAAGCCCCUCGGAGGUGAUUGUUCGGAAAUGGGAUCAGCAAGAGGAGCGGUUAGUCAAACUUGCAGAAGAAGAGGAAGAGAGAUAUUCUCAAGCAGUUAGAAGCUUGGAGUUUGACAGACAACUUGGGCCUUAUACACUAAGUCAACAUGGAGAUUGGAAGCGCCUAUCCAACUACAUCACAAAAAGCAUCAUUGAGCGCAUUGAACCCAUUGGAGGAGAAAUUUCUGUUGCAUAUGAAUCUGUGAAUGAUGAGAACAUUCCUAAAACAUCGAUGGAGAAAGCUUUAGCCGAGCAGUUGAGAAGUAGUAAAUUCUCAAAGUCGGUUGACAAGUCUCAGAAAAGGAGUUGUUACUACACAUCAAUUCCCCGUAUCAUCAAGCACAAGGAAAUUCGUGGGCAAGAACUUACUUCUUUAAAUCUUGACAAGACACAACUAUUAGAGAGCAUUCUGAUGAAAGAUUAUGGAGGUGACGAAGACUUGCUUCUAGGGGAGCUGCAAUUUGCGUUUAUUGCAUUUUUGAUGGGACAAUCACUUCAAUCAUUUUUACAGUGGAAAUCUUUAGUUAGCCUCUUAUUGGGUUGUACAGAAUCUCCCCUCCAUACAAGGAGUCAGCUAUUCACCAAGUUUGUUAAAGUCAUCUAUCAUCAGCUGAAGUAUGGAUUUCAAAAAGAACACACAGAUACUGGUGGCGCAGAGAAGGGGGCAUUAACAUUGUUAGAUGAGUCUUGGCUAUCUGCUGACAACUUUUUACGCCAUCUCUGCAAGGAUUUCUUUUCAGUGGUGCUAGAAGCCCCAGUUGUUGAUGGUGAUCUUUUAUCAUGGACAAGGAAAUUCAAAGAGCUGCUUGAGGACACUCUUGGAUGGGACUUCAAGCUGAAAAGCGCGGUAGAUGGAACAUACUGUGAAGAUGACGACGAGUUUGCUCCUGUGGUUGAGAUGUUGGAUGACUCAAGUUAUAAUGAAGGUUUGGCUGCAUAGACAUGGACAGAAGCCAUUGAUCCUGAUUAAGUAGCAAACGUCAGACAAUGCGGUUUGAUCUUCUGUUUUCUGCAUCUCCAACAAGCAAGAGGGACAAAUUAAAUCUAACACAAUAUGUGAUAGCUUUUCUCAUUUUUAUCAAAAUCCUCUUAUAGUUAAUUUAAGUCACUGUCACUGUAAAGUAACAGAAAAGUUGGUGUAUCUGAAUUAGUGAUGUGAAAAAUGGAAAUCGCAGACAUUUAUGAA